AUGGUUGUUGAUGAGCUGGCUGGGUCCUGCACUGCGGCAGAGCCUGUGUGUGAGACAGUCGGAGGGUGUAAGUGUCUGUGGCUAUGCUGCAGAGGCAGACAGCUCAUCAGUAAUCUGGGAGCGAUGCUCACUAUACCCCUUCUCAGGAGUUCGUUGGUGGUCGAUAAGCAGCCUCCCCAGGUGAUUAAAACCCAAUCCAAGUUUUCCACCACUGUGAGGUAUUUACUGGGAGAGAAGAUCGCCCCUGGGAAACCCGUCCUGUUGAAGGCCCAGAUUAUUACUGAGGCGCAAGCAAGAAACUUGGGUCAACAAGGAGUCAUACCCAGUGAAAAUGUAGGAGAACUUAUCAACAGCACAGCCAUACUAGAACAUAACACCGCCAGCAAGAGCACAUGUGCCACCUUCAGAAAUAUGUCGAUAAGGAAGAUCAAACGUGCUGACAGGAAGGGCUCAGAAUCUGUGACAGAGGAAAAGUUUGCCUUGUUGUUCACCACAGAAUUGAACAUCACAGGCUCUGAGUGCCCCUUUAGCAUGCAGAUCAUUUCACUUCCUGUGGUUGUAAUUGUACAUGGCAGUCAGGAAAUUAAUGCAAUGGCAACCGUCGUAUGGGACUGUGCCUUCUCCGAGCCUAACAGAGUACCAUUCGUCGUACCCGAGCGCGUGCCCUGGAAGCAGAUGUGCGAUGCUUUGAGCAGUAAAUUCAUGUCUGAAGUGCAGACGCAGCGUGGUUUGGACGUAUACAAUCUUCAUUUUCUCGCCCAGAAGAUCUUUGACCAACCAGACAUCUCGGGAGACUUUACCAACAUGCCUGUAUCCUGGGCUCAAUUCAAUAAGGAAGUUCUGCCUGGCCGAAACUUCACGUUCUGGCAGUGGUUUGAGGGAGUGAUGGAUCUUACAAAGAAAUGCCUGAAAGAAUAUUGGAGUGAAGGAUUGAUCUUUGGCUUUAUUGGAAAACAGCACCUCCAUGUCAUCCUGCAGAACAAACCCAGUGGCACAUUUCUUCUGCGCUUUAGUGACUCAGAGAUAGGUGGCAUCACCAUCGCCUACGUAGGUGACAGUGAAAAUGGAGGCAGGAAAAUACAGAAUAUUCAACCCUUUACCAAGAAGGAUCUGGACUCAGCUGGACUUGGUGACCGUAUACGAGAUAUUAACUGCAUCACUCAUGUGUAUCCUGACAUGCCAAAAAAUGAUGCAUUUAAGAAAUUCUUUACAGUGCCCUCCCCCCCUCAUCCAGAUGGAUACCUGCCAUUUAAACUAACAACAGUAGUCAACACAGACCAUAGCACCACAUCCUCCAACAUGCCAAAUCAGAACGAACUUUUAUCUGACCUCUAUGCACUUAGCCCUUCUAUGCCAAUGUCUUUCGGCAACCAGGUUGAUCCACAACAUUCCACUCUUUGUUCACCCCAGUAUAUACCAGACCAUCACAUGCCUUUUACAGGACCAGUAAUUCCACCAACCAUAAUAAAUCCCACAAGUGAGUUAAUGGACAUGGACGGGAUUUUGUCGAUGUGUCAAAGUGCCACCGAAGACCCACAUUCUGCUUAGGCGAUUCAUACCGCUCUUCUCUUCCUGUUGGAUUAAGGCUAACUAACACAUGGCUCGGUGCUCCUUCCACUGCUUGUUUUACUAAGGUCACAAAAGGAUAUGAUAAUCUGAUGUAUAUGUUAUAUACACUUGUCUUAUGUGUCUAAACGCACACAUGCAUGAAUCAAUCAAUCAGUGGUAAACAAUAAGACUGUGGGCAGAGGGAUAUCAUCACAUGGUUUGUAUAAAACUAAAUGUUCCGGACAUUCAUAGUGAAAACUAAACUAAACUAGACCAGUGUGUUCAAAAAAGCUUGAAAACAAGUAGUGUAGGAUAUUUGGCACUUAAGUCAUUCCUGAAGUAUCAGGUUUGACAAGAAAGCAGCAUUAUAAUUGACAAGUGACCUAACAAAUAUGUUGUUUACUCUAUGCUAUCAGUAAAGCCAAUAAAUUGCUGUAUUAAAUCUUAGUUUAGGCCUCACAGUUAUAACUAAUAUGUGUAAACUUUGCUCAUCUGACAGUCUUUUUGUAUUGAGUUGAUUUGCAUAUUUACCAUUGAAUAUUCAGUAUUCUUCUGAUGCUACAGUCAGGUUAGCCUAUAGAAAAGCUAAAAUCAAAAUCGAAUGUGACUAUAGUGAGUUUUACUUUACAUGUUCAUGUAUGUCAAUUUAGUGGCACAAUCAUCUAUUUCUGCAUUUUAGCACUUCUCUGAAAACCUCUUCUUUACAUGACUGAUAACCAUAAAUUGUGUAAAAUACAUUUUAUAUGCACAGAAUUAAGGUUGUGUGUCCAAAUGAUGAAAGGUAUGGGUCUCUGCAUACUCUACAAUGUUUCGGUGAAUCUUCCUUUAAUGCACACAAGUCGCCUCGCUAAAAAUUGAAAUGUAAUAUAGUUACUUUCCCACAAACUGUGAUUUUGCCUUCUAUAAAUACUGUUCGUUUCCCUUGUAAAAUAGUAAACUUACAACUUCUAAGUGCUUUGAAAAGGCAAAAAUAUCAAAUGAGCUGUUUUUCAAGGUUAACAGUAACCUAACUGUUUGUGUGUAUUUUUAAAAGUCAUAGGAGAAUAUCACAUUUUUUGUUUUAAUUGCAUAAGAUGUUCAGACGAAUACGAUGGCUACUUGUCAUCAUAGAUCUCGUAUCCCUUGUUUAGUCAUGACGUAAGAAAUACUGUUUCCGGGUCCAAGGCUCCACUUAUUUGAAUAGAGGAUAUUAUUUAAACAGCCGUUUAUGAGCGCUAUUUAUUCAUAUUACACCUUUACACAAACAUAUUAUAAACUCACAGUGUACACAGCUAGCAGGCUCACGGAAUCACAGCAAUAUAUUCGUUUAAAAUCUCGGAUUUUGUUAUGAAGAUAAAAAUUAGGAUUGGAUGUUUUUGAUAAUUUUGCAUGAUAAUACGAGUGUAUAUAGCAAGAUUUUUAUGUUAUUUCCCUAUGGCAUUUGAGAUCGGUUGCCAGGCCCCAAAAGCGGUGCCUGACGUCAGACUAAACAAGGAGAUUGCAAUGCUCAGUCUCAAAGGAAUGUAAAACAUUCAUAAAUUUGUCCCUGAGGUUUGGAAAAGAAAUUGUCAAAGUUUAUAUAUUUGUGGUUUUUUUUCUCUUAAUGUAAUGUGAGAAAAGUAAAACUAGAAUCUUUUUUUUAAAUAUAUAUAUUCUUUUUUUCCACGUUUUAGAUGAUUAUAAAUAAAGUACAAUGGCAUGAGA